UGCAGGAGGGCGACUGUGAGCUUCGGCGCCUCAGCAGCCCCACGGUAUACGUUUGUCACCGGAGCCGGGAAGGAAGGCAAGCCGCCGCGCAACCAUGCAGCCCGCUCGCCAGUGACUGGCCACGCCUGCUGUUUGGACUGACUCGCGGGGCGGGCAUCGCUUUGAAGAUGUGGCGGCGGUGGUUGUGAGGGACAAGCUGGGUGGGUGUGUGCACAGGGGAAGGGAUCUCUCUCUCUCCCAGUGCUCUAUCCCUCUUUGUGUGUGUCUGUGCAUCCAGCACCACCCUCCCCCCUCCCCCGACACCCCUCACUGACAGUGCAAAGGGAGAUGGACUCGCGGCGGCGGCUGCUACCGCACUGAAAGGAUGUGGCGCUUUCCUCUGAAGAAGAUCCGCAAACAGUUCAAACUGCUCCUACUGCUCGUCCUGCUCACAUUCGGCAUCUGGUUCACAUACCUGCACAUCGCAGUACUCAAGAGCGGCAGAGCACUCAAGCUGCACCUUGCCUACGGACGCGAUGCAGAAAAGCUGAAUGAAGCCACAGAUACCGGCAGGAGAGCUGGCUCUAUGCAUGCUGCGUCCGACCAGAGAAAGAUUGACGACUCCAGUGACAGUCAGGAAGAGGAACAGAUGCUAGAUUCAUCGAGCAAAAAUGGUAGACCUUCCCAAGGUGAGCUUCAUGGGUACCCAAGAGGAUCCAGACAGACUUUGAACUUGACGCAAGUAUGCUUGCCAUGGAAGCCAGAGUACAAAGGCAAAGUAAAUCUUCAUGUUUUCGAGGACUGGUGUGGAUCUUCGAUUUAUCAGCUGCGGAAGAACAUUCAUUUUCCACUAUAUCCUCAUACACGUACCUCAGUGAAUAAAAUUGCUGUUUCUCCGAAGUGGAAGAAUUAUGGGCUUCGGAUAUUUGGCUAUAUACACCCCUACAAAGAUGGUGAUUUCCAGUUUGCAAUUGCAUCCGAUGAUAAUUCCGAGUUUUGGCUCAGUUCUGAUGAGAGUCCUGCAAAUGCCAAACUACUGAUACAUGUUGGCAAGCUGGGUACAGAGUGGGCCGCUCCAGGCGAGUUUACUAAGUUCAGAUCUCAAGUUUCCAAUCCAGUCCAUGUUAUUUCUGCACGAAGAUACUAUUUUGAGGUGCUUCAUAAACAGGAUGAUAGAGGAUCUGAUCAUGUGGAAGUCGGGUGGCGACCAUUCCUUCCUGAAGUGAAGUUUGAAAUUAUCGAUUCACCGCACAUCUCUCUAUACACAGAGGAGUCUUCAUUGAAGAUGAACAGUGUGGAUCACAUCCCACAAACCCUUGCGAGUCAUGGAGGGGGUGGAAAGCUGCUGCACAGGGAGCUUCAUGCAGCAGACAUGCUCAAGCCUGAUCCCAGGGACACCUUCUUCCUGACUCCACCAAUAGAUCCAUCACGGGUGAAACACGUUCUCCCAACCUGUCUAUACUUACCAACUUACAUCGUGAAGGACUUUCCAAUUGCCCGUUAUCAAGGACUCCAGUUUGUCUACCUAUCUUUUGUCUACCCGAAUGACUACACCAGGCUCACUCACAUGGAAACGGAAAAUAAAUGCUUCUACCGCGAGAGCCCCUUGUAUUUGGAGAAGUUUGGAUUCUACAAGUACAUGAAGAUGGAUGAGGAGAGCAAACCUUUCUUGUUUGAUAACCCAGAGGAUUUCCCUGAAGAAUCAGAAGGAGUUGAUACAGAACCUGUACUACGCAGCAGCAAGAUGACGUGGAACAAGGAGGACCUGAAGGAACGAGGAAAUAGCAGCCUGUUUCAGAGCCAGUUGGUCGCAAAGAGGAAGCUCCUGCCACUGCUUGAGGACAAUAGGGAUGACUUUGACUAUGUGGACAGCCACAAAAGAAAGACCACGACCAAGGACUUUCACAUGAUGAAACCACAGCAAAAGGCCUUGCAUCCAAUUCUUCAAGAAAAGGAUGUGUCCCCAUCCACUGUAGCCGACAACAAUCAGGAACUGGGCCUCUUUCACAAACCAAAACACAGACAAAGUAGGUCACUAACCUGGGCUAAAUUCAACCCAGAGGAGUCAAAUAAAAAACCAGCCAGUCAAUCCAAACUCAGUACGAGUAGCUUGUUCAACUUGCAGUCAGAGAUUUCUAUUCCACUCAUCCCCAGUAAAACCAAGCAGUUUUUGAGUAAUACUGCUUACGUAGGCAUCCAUAAAAAGAGACUUGGUGAGCCCAAGAAGCUACAGAAUAAAAUCUAUGUUACUAGACCCCAGCAGAAGAAAAAUACCUUGCUUACAGAAAAGCCUAGGGAAUUGUUUCCUGGAGUGUACUCGCACGCCAAUGCCAGGAAUAAUGAACUGCAAGACCUGAGCUCGAUAAAGAACUUGACUUCCAUUGCAAAGGGGAAAAAGACAACAUUAUACCUCACUAAUAAAAUGUUUUUGUUAAGGAACGCAACAUCUCAGGAGCAGGAAGUGCACGAUGCGAAUAAUGAUUCUUUUCGGGUUACAACAUUUAAAAAGGUGAAGAGGAACUGGAAGGCACUGCACAGGAAACAGGAACAGAUUAGGGAUGACAUGAACAGACACAAUGUUACUGCAACACCUCGUGUAUACUUUACGCAUGAGGAAAAUGUGGACAAGGAAGAUUUUAUCCUUCCUAUUCACAAAAAAACAAACGAACUUAAACCAACAUCCUUUGCUCCUGAAAAUUUUUCUGAAGAGACAACCUACUGGAAGGCUGGUGACUUGAGUGAAUCCCAGCAAAUUUAUAAUGACCAGUUUGAGGCAACCGAUGAAGGACUGUCAGAUUACAGUUAUGAGGAUUCUGAGCCUCAGCAGGGCUGGAUGGAGGAAUCUAUAAACUGGCAGCGAACAUUCAGUGUCAGCUCCAUGGAUUUUGAGCUCUUGCGGUCAGACUGGAAUGACCUCAGGUGUAAUGUUUCUGGCAACCUACAAAUGAGUGAGAGUGAGGUGGUAGAUGUUUUAGCACAGUACAUGGAGAAGCUGAAUGAAAAAAAUGGCGGGAUUUAUACACUACUGCGGAUCAUUAACGUGGAAAAGCGAAGGGAUUCUGCUCGUGGCAAUAGGUACCUUGUUGAACUGGAGCUGAUGGAGAAAGGAAAGAAGGUGGUCCGUUUGACAGAGUACAUCUACCUCUUGCUGCACAGAAGCAAACAAGAUGAUGGGAUUGAAGUAACAACAGAACUGCAAGAUAAGGAGCCCACUCAGCAGGAUGUCCCAUAUUCCAAACCUCUACUGUGCCAACCAAUUGGUUUACAUAUGAGAUCCAGUGUCAUGGUGCACUUUGUAGUUCCAGUAAAGAACCAGGCCCGUUGGGUGCAGCAGUUCAUUACAGAUAUGGAAGAUCUCUACAAGACAACAAAAGAUGAAAACUUCAACAUUAUCAUCAUUGAUUUUGACAGUAGUGACAUGGAUGUGGAGGAGGCCUUGAAGAACAGCAAACUUCCUCGGUAUCAAUAUUUGAAACGCACAGGGAGCUUUGAGCGCUCAUCUGGGCUCCAGGCAGGAGCAGAUGCAAUAGAGGACAGCCAUACAAUUCUUUUCCUAUGUGAUCUUCACAUCCAUUUCCCUGUCAGUAUCAUAGACAACAUUAGAAAGCACUGUAUAGAAGGAAAACUGGCGUAUGCCCCCAUUGUGAUGCGACUAGGCUGUGGCAGCUCUCCCAGUGAACCUGAUGGGUACUGGGAAGUGAAUGGAUUCGGUCUGUUUGGAAUCUUUAAAAGCGAUUUUGACAAGAUUGGAGGAAUGAACACGGAGGAAUUCCGGGAUCGUUGGGGUGGAGAAGAUUGGGAGCUGCUGGACAGAGUUCUUCAGAGUGGCCUUGAGGUGGAACGAUUGCGCCUCAGGAACUUCUACCAUUAUUUUCACUCCAAGCGAGGGAUGUGGGUUUCUCAGGCCAAGAAAACAACAAAUAAACCAAAUGAAGGUUGAAACUUUCUCUAUGCACUUUAAAACAAAAUCAACCAGAGGAUGCAUGCUCCACAGGCAAUCCAGCUGAUGACCAAGCCCUGUGUGGGAACAUUUUUUGACAGAACACUUGAUUCAUUCAAAUCACAUUUUGUUUUCCAUAUCUUGUUUAUUUCACUCUCACUGGCGUUUCCAAAAGUUCUGUUUUUUUCCCAGCUGCUGAUUAGUACACGAUCACUAAAGAAACUCACAGACGGCAGAGAGGAAAAAAACAAGAGAGUUAAGGACUUCAAGAUUGAACAUUGGAAACUUUUGCAAUUGAGACAUUCUGAUCUUUGUUACCAUCUUGGACAUUCUGACUCCACUCUUUGCCAUAAGAUUUUACAGCUUAUGGACGUUUACAUGGCCCAUUCAAUUGCAGUUGUUUUUUUUUAGUCAACACAAGUUUAGUAUGUUCUAUAUUUAACUAGUAAUAAUAUUUCCACCAGGCUACUUUCAUCUGUAUCCCCAACUUCCAACCACCAACCCACCUUCCCCCCCCCCCCCCGCCACUUAGAUUGCAAUCACAUAUAGUCAGGAAUCUCUGAGCAUUUGGUAUCCCUCUCCAGCCCAAGAAAAUCAGCACUGGUCUUUGAAUACCACAACGCCCCUAACUCAGCCAAUAGAAAAGUACACACAAAUAUAUAUGUAUUUCUUGGACCCAACUUGCUGGAAAAGUUUACCAAGGAACACCGACAUAAACUGCCCUAGGUUUUGUGCAGCCAAUCCAAAUGUAUUCUUCAAUUAUGUGAAUGUUUUACUCUGUGCACUUAGUCAAGCUGGCCACUUCAAGUCCAGCUAAAUGAAGCCUUAUUCUGAAGAAUGACUUGGCCUGGAGAGUGUUCACCAUUUUGGUUAUUACAUAGGUACAGCUCUGAAUUUUCAGUCCCCAGCAAAGACAGAGAGAAACACCACUGAAACUGGGAUUUUAGGAAUUAUAUCCAUGGAGUGGUUAUUUGCCGUCACGUGCAAAGGAAGACUAAAACUAAAUGAAGACCAAUGCCAAGGACUUUUUCUUUCAAAAGUGGGAUCAGUUCUAAGUGGCAACCUGCAGAACAGAAAUGCAGUUUCUUCUUUGACAAUGAUCAAAAUAUAUGGAAAAUAAUUUUAUCUUUCUCUUGCUUUUACUGUCAUCCCUUAAUUGUAGGACAGGCUGAGUUUUUCAGAACUAAUUAUGAAAUUUAAUUUUAAUUCAUAGUGUUUAAAGCCAAGCCAUUGAAACUAAAUCAGUAAUGUUACACUCACUGUCUUGAGCACCGGUGAAACAUUUUAGGAUGUUUUUAGAAUGAUGUAGAAUUGAUGUGUGAAUGAUGUAACAACAUGGCAAUUGAAUUUUAAUCAACAGUGCUAGGUAGGAAUUUUGUUGUUUGAUAUUAUCCAGAAGAUUUUGUUGUUUACAAAACAUAUUCCAGGUAAGAGAAUUUGCUUUUUUUAAAGAAAUAUUCUAGGUGAAGAAUCUUUUUUAAAGUGUUAUUUAUUCAGGUGACAGUACUCUGACUGAAAUAAUAUAAUGUCCAAAAAGCUUGCUCCUAAAGCAGGAGAAUCAGAGGCUAUAAAGUAAAAUUGAAUUAUACAAUGAAUAUGCUGAAUCUGAAAAAUUCCUUCCAUUUUCGUCUGUGUUUUUACACCGGGCUGGCAUGUACUGAAAGAUACAUUAUUAUCUGGAAUCAAGUUUCCCACUGGCUUCAGUCAAUGAGCACCAAUCAGGCCAGAUCCUAAUUUCUGAUUACAUUUGGGUGUCAGUAGAGCACUAAACAAAAGACAUCUUUGAUUGGGUGAGCUGUGUAUGUCGAUCUAGUUUGGAAUAAAAUUGAA